GUGUUUGUAUAUUAUGGUUAAUGCUGUUGUUAUUGCUGCUGUUCUAUCCCUUGCUCGAACCUACUUUUUUCUACGGAGAGGUGUGUCGUUGGUUCCGGAAAAUGGUUCAGCCUAAAAUCAAUAUGAUGAACAAGGACGAUUUCUUCCUCUUUCAUAAGUUAUACAUCGCCUGGUCACAAGAUCCAUGGGAACGCGAUGCAUUUUACAUAAGAGAAGCAUUCUUAGCUGGGCCUACAUCAUAUAACGUCAUCAUGGAAAUCACAUGCACAAGAUCAUCAUAUGAGCUAGUGGCAAUUAAAAAGGCUUAUCACUCCCUAUUUAAAACUAACCUCGAUGAAGAUGUUGCUCGUUAUAUCACCAGCGCUGAAAUCGAACACAAGCUUCUCACUGCAUUGGUGCGUGGGUAUCGUGACGAAGGCUCUGUCGUUAACGAAAAGCAUGCCAAUUCUGAUGCCUUAACAAUCUACUCUGUCCUGAGUGUCCCUGAGAACCCUCUUUUGGAUGACUACGUCGUGAUGAUUCUAGCAUCUAGGAGCAUUCUCCACAUCAAGUCUGUGCUCCGGCAUUACCAAGAAACAACUGGAAGUUCCCUUUAUGACGAACUUGGGACAACUUACCCGAUCAUGAAGGACACGUUACAAUGCCUGUGUUCACCGUCUAGUUACUUUUGCAAGGUCAUAGAAGCGGCCAUGCAAGUACCAGGAGAAGCAAAUGAGACCAGAAAAGAAGAUCUAGCUCGUGUGAUUGUGACCCGGGCAGACGUUGAUAUGAAGAAUAUCAAACAAGAGUUUUACCGCAAGAAUGGGGUUACUCUGUCUCAAAGAAUCUUUCGUACAGGCAGCAGGAACUAUAUCGAGUUUCUGUCUAUGUUGAUCACAAUGGAGGAGGACACGGAGAUCGAGAGCGUGUCAAAUUAGCUUAGAACUAGUUUCCUUCAGUUUGACUCUAUGAUAAUAUGAUAUUAUGUAUGACUUGUUAAUAUUUUGCUAGUACCUAUAUUUUUAUGGAUUCGCAUCAAACCGAAAGCUACCUUAAUGUUCUUGGGGUUUUUGAAGCAAUGGAAAUACAAGUUAUUUA